AUGCCCGGAAUGGCAGCAGAGACGGCAGGGUCUGCCACCUUUCCUUUCGUGGGAGGGAACAUGUCGGAUGUGUCUCUCUACUGCCUUGACGGCCACGCCAUAUCUGUACGCACGUUUGGCAACUCUCAGAUGCACCUCGAUGUCCUGACGGCCGCAUUUGAAAAAGAUCAAGUCGACGCGACGCUGCUCUGUGCGGUCAGGGUGAUGGAGAAGCACCAGGUCGGGUCUCCGCCGCCUCACGCUUCAACAGAUGCUCCCCUGGGUGGACACGGUGGAAGCGAGCAGGCGGCACAGGGUGGCCUCGUGUCCGUGCUUUGA